GUCACGACCGUGAUGAUGCGGAACCUGCCGAACAAGUACACGCAACAAAUGCUGCUUGGGGAGCUGCGAGAUGCGGGCUUCCACAUGCAGGAAGACUUCGAUUUUUUCUACCUGCCGAUGGACCACUGCAACUGUGCGAAUCUCGGCUAUUGCUUCAUCAACUUCACGAAGACAGCGAG